UAUCUGCACUCCGAGUAGCCGCCCAAUUGAGUUUCAGAUUCUUCUGUUGGUGCCCAAGAUCCAAGACGAGUGUCGGUGGCCUCACUUUUAGCCCAGUGUUUAGAAAGUACGCAGGUGGCGAACGUGAUGCCUUCACAGCAGUACCAACCUUCCAUACGGUCAGUGGGCACUGGGAUUUCUGAGGUCGAGGGGGCAAAUCACAAAGCAUGGUCUGUUGACUUGGAAAAGGGAGGGACUCGGGCGAAAGGGGGGCCAGAGAAAGGAAUUGAUGGCAUCAGUCUUGACCCAUAUCCCAAUCUCGAUUACAUCAAUCCCAUGGAAGAGCCUGCAAGUUAUGUCAACAUGCAAGUAAACGAUGCUCCAGAAGGCUACCCUAUGCUUGCCCGCUUCAUCUCUUCUCAUGAAGACGGCUACAUCUUUCGGGAAUUCCGCUACCUACAAUCCCGGACGCUCUUGCACAUGCAAGAUGAACUACGAGCCCUCGAAGUGCAGCUGCACAGGAUGGACCAGUAUGAUGUUAAACACAGGGCCAUCUUCCUCAGGACGAGGGAGAUGGAUGAUGAUCGACUGAAGGUGAGGGGACGGCUGAUGGAAGAAAUUGCGGAGAAACUCAAGACAUAUGGCGAACUUCUCAUUAUGUCCAACGACCUCGCCAAUUUCGACCGACCAUCCCGUUUUGACAUCCAAAGUCUCGAAAACUUCUUCCGAGCCAAAGAGCCUCUGUUUAGACAUGAGCGAUACAUUGGGUGUCAGUCCGACAUGAUAACCCUCAAAGCAGGGAGAGACGACGCCUGGCUUGAUCGGGUGAUCAUGCAGUUACUGGUCAAGUACAACUGUGCACCACUACGGUACAUCUUUGCCAACGCUCAUACCAAGACCCAUGCCGACAGCAAGCACGCAGCAUUGAACCUCUUCUCCAUUGCCCGCGUCCACUUCCUCAAGAUGGUCAUUCUGAUCUUGCUCAUGCUCUGCCUAUUAUGUCUACCUUUAGUCCCGCUCUAUUCCUGGACCCAGGAAGGCUCAGGCCCGGCAGACGGAGGGACGAACAGCGCGGCAGUAACUGGACAGACGCUAGCCAAGAUCAUGGGCUUGAUUGUUGCGUGCGCGUUUGCAUUUGGCGUGGUGUUGAGUGUGUGUACGAGGGCAAAGAAGCAUGAGAUCUUUGGGAGUUGUGCUGCAUACAUGGCUGUUCUCAUUGUGUUCAUGACAUCAACAUAAUCAGGAUUUCGUGCUGCAA